CAGCACAACCAAAGAUGUCGUUGUCUGUUCCACAUUAGCAUUUCGUCCACAGUGCGCGGCGCAGUGAAAUUAUCCUCGUUAACAAUAACAGUAAGAUCCGGCGGAUGACACGAGUCGGAGACCACAAAAGUGCAGUGUCGCAGUGCGUCCGAUAAAACGACAUUUUUGUGCUCAGUUCGAAUCGGAUCGGGUCCAAGGUGCACCGCUCUCCCCUCGACACGGUUCAAGGAGUCACAAAAUGAUAUUCCGAUUUUUGCUGGUUUUUGGCACGAUUUUGGUUGUGGCGCAUGGUCGGGUGAGACAACUGGGAAAAAUUGAUGUGGAUCAGCUCAGGUACGACUUCCUCGAACAAGAAAGCGCCUUGUGGAACUUCGUUCAAGACCAAACCAUCAAUAGAGUCAAAGAAACCGAUCUAGCUGAAGUAUCUUUAAUUAGGGAGUUUGAGAAGUUUGGAGAUAAAACUCAAGAGAAAUUUCCGCACGAUAUUAACUAUGGAUUGCAAUCCCUGGAGGGCGUUUGGGCAUACGCUUUUGCCUACACUGACCUAAGGGCGGUCUAUGCUCUGUACGAGACUUUCCGGAGGUUCCAAGCUUUACAAACAGGAGAAUCCAGGAUACCUUCUCCUAGGCAAGCAUGGAUCGACUUAACACGGGCGAUUCUGGAAGACCCCAAAAACAACGUCAACGAAUCUCUGAAUAGGUUACACUAUAUGGUCGAACAGAAAAAUUUAUUCGUAGCGGCGAUGAAGGAAGUCGAAGGCGAUAUGUUAUGCAACGCGCAUCAAUCCCCUCAACAAGUCCUCUUCAGUCUAUACAACGCCAUAGCCCUCACCGAACUCAAAGGCUACAGCAUGAUCCAGUUCGCAUACAUGCUCAAACGACUCUACGGCGAAGGAAACUUCACCAUGGAAGCCCAAAUCGCCAGAGAGCGCUUCCAAGAACGCACCAACAAAAUAAUCGAAGCCGUCAAAGCCGCGAUGGACUCUUCAUCCAGAGACCUGUGGAAAUGCGACCCCAAAAGACACAUAUCCGGUGACACCUACGUCGAAGUGACCCAGCUCCUGCAAGGCUACAUCCAGAACGAAGUCGACUUAAAUUCGGAGGGUACGUGCAGGGAGAACUGCGCCGAAUACUCGUACACCAAAAGUCACGGUUGCUUCCAAAACUUGUGGUGCCAGAAACAGAGGCGGUGUCACGGUAAAGUGAUCAACUGCAGGUACGUGGACUCGGAUAUGUGGAUCUGUCCUGCGGAUAACCAAAGCAGGCGGUACGAGUACGUGGAGUACGAAAACGGGCGCGUUUUGGGGAGGAAGCAAGGGUGCAGGAAGGGCACGAGCAAGGUCGAUAGUUGGUGGAGGUGGCUGUUCUGGCACUGCUCGUACUGCUUCUGCUUGUGCGACGAACAGGGUAUCAAUUCCGAUAGGUACAUCAACUUGAGGCCUUCGAUCGCAGACGUGCAAAACAAUAUGGUCGUAACUGGACUGCGUUUCGUCAAAAACAACCGAAUCAUCCACCUCCAGAUUCAAGAGGGCAAACUUUUACCCCGUGGCAACAUCGACAUGUCCACCGUCCACUGGGUCCCAGUGGAAGACUACAGAAUAACCGACUCCCACGUAGCCAACGGCCAAGACUACCACACCUUAACCUGGGAGAAGCGAGCUGUGGAUCUCGACGACUUAGUAGCCGACGACGGAUACGUAGUAACCGGCGUCCGCUUCAAAAUGAUCGGCUCCCACUUAAACUUCGAGAUCUACAUAACCCCCUUCGACUUCGAAACCGGCGAACUCAUAGACCCCCAAACCAAAAGCAUGUACAAGGACAACCCCAACACCGACUCAUCUUUGCACAAACCGAGGACUAGAGUGAGACUCAUCAACCCUGAUAUUAGCACGAGGUCGCCGUCGCCUUCCGUGCCGGAUUCGAAAAGUGACCAGUACAUCGAGUUCACGAACACGGAUAUGGAUCGCGACGCUGCUCAAACGACGGUGCCGUUUUUGGACGCCCAACCCGUGGAUUCGCUCCAGCCAGUGCCGCUAAGUGGUGCCGGUAUUUUCCACAAGGGUCAGAAGUACUUCGGGGGUUUCAUCGCGCCGAAGCUCAUCACCUACGACUUCAGCAAACACCUGCAGGUCGCGUUUCCCGAGACCGAACCCCCCAUCAAUUAGCGUUCGCUGCGACGACCACUAAAAUCUAGUUUAAGUUCAAUUCAAAUAUGUAAUACUGUGAUUUAGUGUCGUUAUGUUUCGAGUCAUUGUAUGAUUAUACUAGUUUCCUCUUUUUGUAUGAUCCAACGAAUAGAAUAAUUAUUUAUAUGGAAUUAAAA